AUGUCAGAAGAAGAAGAAGAAGAAUACUUUAAUAUUAAUGCUGAGCGUCAACCAAUAUUCUCUAAUAUUGAAGAUAGAUAGCAACACAAACAAUAGAACAAAUAGGUUUUGUUAAAUUUAGGCGUUUUUGCUCUUCUUACUGCUAUUUCUUCAUUGAUUUUUAUGGGAUGGUUAUCCAAAAAAUCAAGAGAGGAUUAAAAACCAAAUAUCUUGCCAUUCCAUAAUCCUAAUGAUCGCUCUUAGCUUUUAUGUCCACUUAAUACAUCAUUUGACACUAGUUAAUUUAAUUGUUAGCCAUGUUCACUAAAUUGUGAAUAUUGUUAUCACGAAUAUAAUUAGAGAUGUGUUUAAUGUGUACAUCCAUAUAAAUUAAAAUCAAAUUAUUGUGUAGAAGAUUGUGUAUCCAUGGAUAAUGUUUGCAUAAAUACUACAUCAGAAUUACUUAAUUUAUAUAAUUAUUCAAUAGUAGAUUUAGGUACAGAAUUAAGAGUAAAUCAAUUGUUUUAAGUUGAAAUUCACACUCAUCUUUUUGAAAAUGUAUAUGUCAUAUUCCCACCACUUGGUUAAUCCUUUAAUUUUUUUUAUGACCACAUAAAAUUACCUGAACUGGCUUAAUAAUUAAAUGCUACACUUUUUGUGUUUUCAACUCCAUAUACUGAAGUUUUAUAAUUAUAAGAAAUUUCAGAUUCAAUGGAAGAAGAGGAAUUUAGAUAUGUUGAAAGGAUUCAUGAAUUUAUAAUUCCAUAUCUAUCCUAAAAUACAAAGACAAUCAACAUUAUAGGUUUAGGAGAGAUGUUGUUCUUUGCACAUCGUUUAUCAACACAUAUGUAUAUUAAAAUUUGUAUUAAUAUAUUUAGAGUUAAAAAAUUACCUGAAUCAAUUGAAGCCAAUAUAACAGUGAUUUUAAUGCAAACUUUGUAAAUGCCCCUAUUUGAAACCCCUAAUUUAAGUCUAUUAAAGUUAUAGCAUUUGUUAGCAUAUAUUGAUUAGGGUUGGGACAUAUCACAUAAAGAAAAUAAAAGCAAUCUUAUAGCAAAUAAUGAAGAUGAUCUUUCUUAAUAAAUUUAAUAGUUUCUGUUGCAUACUAGCUUCAACAAUUUAGUGAAUCCAUCUUACAAUAUGAAAAUUAAUGUAGUGAUUAUUUCUGAAAGAGGAUGCAACGAUAUUUAAAGUUUAUAUUAAGACGGUUUUAAUGCCAAGAAUUUUUAGUAGAUAUUUUUAGAUGAUGAUCACUUGGCAACAUAAUUUGCAAAACUGAUAAGUUUGCAAUGA